CGGCAUGAAGCAGCGACGGGGCAAGGCCCGACGCCUUUGUUUUUUUUUUUCGAAAAAGAAGGAGAGAUCGAAACGAAUCGGUGAAAGAACCCUAAUGCGCUUCUAUUACAUCGUGGUUCUGGUAGCAGCAAUUAAGGCAGAAGAACCAAGAAAGAAAGCUCGCUGGAUUGAUUUCCUUCUCUUUUGUCCAUUUUAAUGAUUCCAUUCCAUUCCAUUCCGUCCGAAAAUUUCUUAUUGAACUUUUCGUUUUCGCACCCCCUUCUUUCUCUCAUUCGAUACCCUCACCGGCGCAUGAACCCUGAAAGAAACAGAGAAGGAAAUUUUGGACGUUUCCUAAAGAAGCGAGGCAAAGAUUUUUAGCUGGCUUGUUUCUGGAGCGGAACCCGUGUGAUCAAAUCACGUUUGGUAGGUGAAAAUGGUGUCAAAAUUGGAUCUUUUUUCUUUCCGCCCGCCCCAGAACUUGACUUUUUUCGUCCGAAAAUUAUAAAAAUUCGAUCUUUUCCAACCAAGUUCCGAAGUAGUUCAGAAAGGGAAGAGGCAAUAUUAAAAAGAGAAAAAAAUUGAUUCGGACCAAAAAAAAGAAGAUAAAAAGGUGAAAAAAAUUCGAUUUUUAGUAAUCUGAGAUGAUAAAAAGAGGGAAGUAAAUACGAGAUAGAAUCAGUACCCAAAAAAAAAAAAAAAUGCGUGAUAGAAGGAGAGUAGAAGAUCCCGUUGGUGCAGUCCGCGCAAGCUUGGGCUAACAACCCCAGCAAUCCCGGUCCUUAACUCCCUCAAUCUCGGUUCAGAUCGUACGGCUGGGAUUCGAUCUCUCUGGUGUUCAGUUUUGGCCCCCUUGGACUUUGCUGGGUGGGGGAACUAUUUAAGCGUUGGAUCGCAUUCGCUCGGUACGUUUCACCUCAUCUCUCUCUUUGCGUAGCGAUGGCUUCCGGCUCUCCUCUUGCGUGUCGAAAACGCCGCCACCGGACGAUAUGUGGCAAAAAGGCGAUCUGAGGAACCACCCUGUGCAGGAGUAUUGAAAUUUGCAACACUUAUCUCCAAAUUUUAAUUUUCCAAUGGAUGAAUAUGUGGGUAAGAAAGCUGCUGGAGGGCGUGGUUUUUCUAGUAAAGGGUCCGGCAUUGGUUUUAGAGAUCAAAACCAUGAGGAUAGAAGCAUUCAGUAUUGCAACAGAUUAGGAUGCAGCACCAGGCUUAAUUCCACGAAAGGGGCCCAAAUUGGUGACCUAGGAAAAGCCAAAUAUGUAAAGGCUGCUCUUCGCUCUAUGAGCAGUAAGACUGUUGCAGGAAACUCUUCUAGAUCAUUAUCUUCAUACAGUGGCUGCCCAAAGUCUUUCCAGGAACGACAGAAGCAAACAUUACAGCGAGAGAAGGCUAUAGCAGAAAGCAGUAACAGCCAGGGGAAUAUUGAAGAUUCAGAGUGCAACAAUAUGCAGCAUUUCAUAGAAGAAUCAGAUAUCAAAUCACAGGAGAUAGAUGAUGCAGAAUUUUCAGAAUCCAAUCCCACAAAAGUUGGCAUUCAGAUGUUAUUCCCAGAUUCGGAGGAACUUGAGUUGCCGAUUCUUGAACAGGUAUCUACAAACACAUCGGAGUCGUCAGGUGUUCUUCCAUCAGGUCCUUCAUCCUCUGACUUCAGUCACAAUAGGCAGAUUGAUGCAGUCGGCAAGAGACCUUCUGGUGGAGAGAAUUCUGCUGCCAAAGGCAAGGGCACAAUUGGCCCCUCAACUGGAAGACAUGCAUGUUCUACACCUACAGGCAUUUCUGGCUUCAGUCGAUCUCUUCCAGAACAUCUAAUGCAUCGACAAACUUUGUUACCGAUCAGGAGCCAACCUACCACCAGGGAUGAUGCCGUUUCAGUUAGAACCUGUCGAGCUUCUACUGGGGAUGCUAGAACAAUGCUAUCUGAGCAAGGGGUACAUGAGCCUAUUGUGAUCGCUCACCCGCAGCAGAAUCAAGUUUCUAUCUCAGAUGCUGUUCCAGAAAGCUCAUCACGAUCAUCUUCCAUAGAGUUGCCACAUGUCUUGCUUAAUUCAUCUGGACGUUCAGGUUCAAGUAGCAGGGCUGCUCGAAAUAGAAUGGUUUCUUGUCCUGAAGAUAGCAGCAUGCAUGCUCUCCAUGACUCUUUGGGAGAUAGAGAUGGCUACACAUCCAUCAACAUGGACAGAAUUGAAGACUCUUUGGGAGAUAGAGAUGGCUACAGAUCCAUCAACAUGGACAGAAUUGAAGACAUUUUGGGAGAUCUAGAUGGCUACAGAUCCAUCAACAUGGACAGAAUUGAAGAGGUAUUGUUGGCUUUACACAGGAUCCAACGAGACGAGGAGUUAACAUAUGAGCAAUUAUCGAUGCUAGAGACAGAUCUAUUUUCAGGAGGCCUGGGCUUCCAUGAUCGGCACCGGGACAUGAGAAUGGACAUUGAUAAUAUGUCCUAUGAGGAACUGUUAGCCCUGGAGGAGAAAAUGGGAACUGUAAGCACAGGGCUUUCAAAGGACCAAAUGUCAGGAUGUCUCAAGAGAAGCACAUACACUCCUGCUUCUGAGGUCUCGGGAAUCACUGGUUCUGGUGAUGAUACCAAAUGCAGUAUAUGCCUGGAAGUGUAUGUCACUGGAGAUGAGGUGGGCACAUUGCCAUGCGAGCAUCACUACCAUGUGGCCUGCAUCCAUCAGUGGCUUGGGCGGAAGAAUUGGUGCCCAAUUUGCAAAGCAUGGGCUAUUCCUUCUUAAACCUCAUCCGAAAGUGAGGAAUCAGAUCUUCAUCCAUCUGGAGGCAGCUUAGAGAGUCCCUCCCUGUGCACAGAAUCUUUUUAUACUCUAAAAUAAUCCUAGAAUUGCAGUACCUUCUCUAGGUUCUAGUCCAAAUGUCUACAAACUUCUUCUUCUUCUUCUUCUUUUUCUUUGAAAACGAUGGAGUAGAAAUAUUGAUAUCAGGGUGUUUAUCUUCUGUUUCAUUUGUUUUUUGCUAGUGCUUUAUAUAUAUAUAUAUAUAUAAACCAUUUGCAUGCUUUAA